AUGAUCGGUCAAGGGUGGCUAAUCUACAUGCGAGGGUUGAUUUGCUGCGACUGUCUACAUUUACGGCUGCUAAUCACUAAGGGCACGCAUUUGACUAGUGAUGGUUCUCAAGCAUUUGAAGAAGGACAGGACACUUGGGUGCAAAAUACCCCAAGACGGGCCGAACCGGGAAGAAAUACAGCCACUCCACCAACCGGGAAGUUGCCUAUGCAAAACGACACGACUGUACAGUUCGAGUCACCAAAAGUGCCAGUUAUUUUCGUUUUGGGAGGUCCUGGCAGCGGGAAGGUGACCCACUGCGACAGCCUCAUGCAAGAAAAAAAGGGCAUCACCCACAUCAACAUGACCGACCUCCUCCAACAAUACGCCAUCGGCAACGACAUGCAAGAUUUCGGCUUGCUGUCCAGCAAGACGGUGACGGAAGUCCUCAUGCUGGAAAUGAAGAUGGCGCCGGCGGCGAAGACGUAUCUGGUGUCGGGGUUUCCCCGGAACAUGCGAGACGUGGUGGAGUAUUCGGAGAAGAUUCAAAUGCUGAGCGGAGCCAUCAUGAUCUCGUGGCGACAAAAAGUCCUAGAGCGACAAAUCGACUAUGGUGCCAAAUUAGGUCAAGUUGUCUUAUCACUGGCCAGAAUGGAACUGAACAAUUUUUACAAAAACGUCAUGCCCGUGGCCGACUACUUCGACCAGAGCAACAUGCUGAUAUCGAUAAACGGUGAACGUCACCCUUCGGACGUCUACAAAGACUUCCGAACGGCCGUAUUCAAAAUCCUUGGCAUGCAAGACAACCCUCCAGUAUUCACCAACGGCAAAAUAGCCAACGUACCAUCGGACGUCACCAACGAACUUCCAACAAUGCAAACUUUGCCCCCCGUACCUGCCCCCCUCCAGACCCACCAGCCCGAGCGAAUGGUGGUAGAUCCCGAGUCAGAGCCGGAGCGGCCCAGGACGCAGGUGAUCUCCGUGAACGCCAGCAACCCCAACAACUACCAGUCGCCCGUGAAGACGGGGUGGCCGCCGGUGCUGUGGGUCAUCGGGGGCCCCGGGAGCAACAAAGCGGCCCUGUGUUCCCAGGCCUCGAAGGACACAGGCUGGACCCAUAUUAGUCUGGGGAAGCUGUUAAGGGCAGCCGCUGAACCCCCCGACCCUAGACACAACAGCGAAACGUCCAAAAUAAGGAACAGCAUCAGCGGCGGGGAAAUGGUACCUCUGGACAUAGUCAUGAAGUUCGUGGAGUCCCAUAUGGCGUCGAAUAUCACGACGCCCGGGAUCAUUUUAGACGGGUUCCCGAGGGAUAUGACGCAAGCCACGGAGUUCGAGGCAAAGUUCAAGCAAAAACCCACGAUCAUCCUCUUGGACUGCUCCAAGCUGCAGCUGGGUCGGGGGCGGCUGGACGACAGCGUGACUGCGUUCAGGAGGAGGCUGGAGAUUUUCAGACAGUCGUCGUUGCCGAUGUUGAAGGCCAUGGACAGCAUAGGACGUCUCACGAUUGUCGACGGCGACACCGACACCGUCCCCGUCCAGGAGGACUUCAAGAGCGUGGUCCGCGAGCACCUCGAGUACAUCAAGCUGCAGCAGCAGCCCCCGGAGGCCGCCCACAGCAACGGUUACGCCAACGGGCACCUCCCCAACGGGCACCUCCCCAACGGGCACCUCCCCAACGGGCACCUACCCAACGGGCACGUACCCGACGCCACCCUGCAGGACCUGGAGGCCGAGCCCAUCGAGACCAUCAGCAAGCACGUGGGCAACGGCGUGGCGCACACCAUCGCCAACGGCGUCCGCCACAUGGGCAACGGGUUCGCCCCCAACGGGUACGCCCGGGACGUGCCCCAGUACACCGCGCUGGACCGGCGCGAAGACAACGUCCGGCAGAUGUACAACGAGGUGAACUACAUGGACGGACACAUUUAGGUUUAGGUUAGACGACGAGAUUGUGAUACUCUGCGAACUUGUACAAGUAUUAUAGGUUAGGGUAGGUUAAGUUAGGCUAGUGGAGUGCUCAAGGUGCCUUAGUGGGUGACGGCGUCGGAUGCGGCGUCGGAGAUGGGUUUCUGUAAAGGGUCCAACAGUAUUUUUAGAUGUAAGGAGCAAUUUUGUAUAGUAUUGUAACACGUGAUUUAUUAUAAUAUUGAAGAAGAUUAUAUUGUUAUAAGAGAGGCCGCUGGUCGGUUUUAUUUUGCAUCUUGUUAUUUAUAAGUGAAUAAGUGGCAAACUAUUUAAUAUAUUUAGGGUAGGAACACGUAGGUUGCACACGUCACUCAGUUUCAAGAGAGCAGUACUUGCUAUUUUUAACUAGAUUUUAAUAACUUGAGCAGUAUUAUCAAAUUUUGAUGUUUUGAUUUGACUACAAUUCGUUUAGUUAGGUAUGCAGAUUGAAUGCAAAGUUAUUUUAUUAUUAUUUAUGAUGCAAAAAUCUAAUUCUUACACGUUUCUUUUUUUACAUUUUGUUAA